CGUGCGCCGCGUCCCAGCCUGACGGGACUCGCCUCCGCGGAGGGCUGGCCGUGCCCGCUGAGGGAGGGGGAGAACAUUGCCGGCUGCUGCGUUCACUCUGCGGUGGGGCGUGUGUGGCAGAGUUUCAAAGGCGGUUGGGACGGGGCGCUGCGCACCAAAGGACCAAAAUUGUUUGAGGUGAGGCGGCGUGUCGUGUUUGGGGCGCCCGGGGAUGGCGGCCUCGGUGGUGGACGAGUGCCUGUCCCUAAUCCCCUCCACCGGCCACUGCACCGCGAUGAGUGCCCGCUCCACUUUGUUCCCUGCUGCCUCGGAGGCGAGUUGGCGGACGUGUUCGACACGGCCACGCAAACGGCGACAGGGCACGAGGGCGGGCUCGGUAUCCGAAGGCGUGUGAAGGAUUCGUCGUGGCGGGCAAGAGGGUGUGUGUUGUCUACGAUGCGCCAGAGGAGGGAGCACCGCUGCCGUGGGUAA